AUGUCUUCUCCCAUACCUCAAACCAUCACCAUUCCCGAGGUAGACAUCUGGGAUCUUCUCUUCGAGAAUAAAGAAAGACCAUACAGCGAGAAUAAAAUCCUCUUCCACGACACAAAUUCCCCUCGAUCAUACACAUUCCGCCAACUGCGAGAMACAGCCGCUCAAUUCGGAGCAAGUUUGCACUCGACAUGGAACUGGCAAAAAGGCGAUGUUCUAGCAAUCCACUCGCCAAACGAUAUUGAUUACGCAGCUGUGGCUUUCGGCUGUUUGUGGGCUGGAGGCAUCGUUACGACUAUCAGUCCCUCUUACACAAAAGAUGAACUGGUGAAUCAAUUGAAAGAUUCCGGAGCUAAAGCUAUUGUGACGUUUCUACCGUUUUUGAAGAUGGUGCUUGAAGCUGCUGCUGAGGUUGGGAUUCCGAAUUCGAGAGUCUUGCUUAUGGGACCUGGAGCUUCUGAUCGGAGAUCUGCCAGUUUCAAGUCUAUUGGUGGAGAGGAAGUCGUCGCGAGUAGACGGCCGUAUGUCUUGGAUCCAGGGAAUGAUGUUAGUUUUCUGGUGUAUUCGAGCGGCACUACUGGGAAACCGAAAGGCGUUAUGCUUACACAUCGUAACAUUGUGUCGAAUCUGGCGAUGAUGGCUGCUACUCAAGUGCAUAAUCUCAGCUGCGGGAAUGGCGAAACGGGCUCUGGUGAUCGGAGUAUUGGAUUCGUGCCUUUGUAUCACAUCUACGGAUUGACUGGCGUCUUACAUCUCUCCAUCUACCGCGGCUACGAAGUCUUCGUGAUGCCAACUUUUGAGAUUGAAAAGUUCUGCAAAGUCAUUCAGCAACACCGCAUCACUUUCAUAAGUGUCGUUCCGCGAAUCAUCUUGGCUUUGGCAAAACAUCCUGUCGUGGAUAAGUAUGAUUUGAGUUCCAUUCGAAUGCUCACAUCAGCAGCCGCGCCUUUGUCGAAAGAUUUGAUCGAGACAAUGUACAAGCGGCUGAAGAUUCCUGUUGUGCAGGCUUUUGGUUUGAGCGAGACGAGUCCUGGAACGCAUUACUCGAGAUGGGAAGAGUGGGAGAAGAGUAUGGGGAGUAUUGGGCGACCUCUUCCUAAUAUCGAGUGCAGGAUUGUCGACAUUGAUAGUGGGGAAGUGCUCGGUGUUGGGAAAGUUGGAGAGCUCUGGUUGCGAGGUCCUAAUGUCUUCAAAGGCUAUUUGAACAAUGCUCCAGCCACGACCGAAGCCAUUACUCCUGAUGGUUGGUUCAAGACCGGCGAUGUGGCUUAUGUUGAUGAGGAUGGUUUGUAUUACAUCACGGACCGGUUGAAGGAGCUUAUCAAAUUCAACGGCUUCCAAUUGGCUCCUGCAGAACUCGAAGGCCUUUUGGUCUCACACCCGAAAGUCAAAGAUGCCGGCGUCGUAGGUAUUUACAAUUCCGAGAUGGCGACUGAGCUGCCACGAGCAUAUAUCGUGCUCGAAGAAGGAGUCGAGCGUAGUAAAGACACUGCGCAGGAGAUCAGUAGCUGGCUUGCUAAGAGAGUGGCAAAGUACAAGCAGCUUCGGGGCGGUGUUCAUUUCAUUGAUGCCAUACCUGCAUCCCAGGCUGGAAAGAUUCUGAGACGGGAGUUGAGGGAUUUGGCGAAGAAUGAGAAAGCCUCGAAACUGUAG